AUGGGAGCUUGUUGUAGUUGCUUAGGAUCCAGUGAUGGAAGUCAUCCUCAACUAUUAUUAGCUGAAAAUGAAAGAGAAGCCAUUUCUGCACUUUUACAAUACUUGGAAAACCGAUCUGAUGUUGAUUUCUUUAGUAAUGGUCCAUUACGUGCUUUAAGUACUUUAGUAUAUUCCGAAAAUAUCGAUUUACAGAGAAGUGCUGCUUUAGCCUUUGCUGAAAUUACUGAAAAAGAUGUCAGAGAAGUUAAUCGAGAUGUUCUAGAACCAAUUCUUAUUCUAUUACAAAGUAAUGAUUCUGAAGUUCAAAGAGCUGCUUGUGGAGCUUUAGGUAACUUAGCUGUCAAUACUGAAAAUAAAAUUUUAAUAGUUGAAAUGGGUGGAUUAGAACCAUUAAUAAGACAAAUGAUGUCAACUAAUAUUGAAGUGCAAUGUAAUGCAGUUGGUUGUAUAACCAAUUUAGCUACUCAAGAUGAUAAUAAAUUAAAAAUUGCUAAAAGUGGAGCUUUAAUUCCAUUAACGAAAUUAGCUAAAUCAAAAGAUAUCAGAGUUCAAAGAAAUGCUACAGGAGCUUUAUUAAAUAUGACCCAUUCUCAUGAAAAUAGACAAGAAUUAGUCAAUGCUGGAGCUGUUCCUGUAUUGGUAUCAUUAUUAUCCAAUGAAGAUUCUGAUGUUCAAUAUUAUUGUACUACUGCUUUAUCAAAUAUUGCCGUUGAUGAAACAAACAGAAAGAAAUUAGCCAGUACAGAACCAAAAUUAAUAACUCAAUUAGUAAAUUUAAUGGAUUCACCAUCACCAAGAAUUCAAUGUCAAGCCACUUUAGCUUUAAGAAAUUUAGCAUCUGAUUCUGGAUAUCAAGUUGAAAUAGUAAGAGCAGGUGGAUUACCUCAUCUAGUUCAAUUAUUAACUGGUAAUCAUCAACCAUUAUUAUUGGCUGCUGUAGCUUGUAUUAGAAAUUUAUCAAUUCAUCCAUCAAAUGAAGCUUUAAUAAUCGAAGCUGGAUUCUUAAAACCUUUAAUUGCUUUAUUAGAUUAUAAUGAUGAAGAAAUUCAAUGUCAUGCUGUAUCAACAUUAAGAAAUUUAGCAGCAUCAAGUGAAAAAAAUCGUACUGCUUUAAUUCAAGCUGGUGCUUUAUCAAAAUGUGAAGAAUUAGUAUUAAAAUUACCUUUAUCAGUUCAACUGGAAAUUUCUGCUUGUUUUGCUAUCUUAGCUUUAGCAGAUGAUUUAAGACCUCAAUUAUAUGAAAGUCAUAUAAUAGAUGUAUUGAUCCCACUUACAUUCAGUGAAAAUGGUGAAGUUUGUGGUAAUUCUGCUGCAGCAUUAGCCAAUCUUUGUUCAAGAGUUUCACUGGCUCAUGGGAAAUAUAUUUUAAAUAAUUGGAAUCAACCAGAUGAAGGUAUAUAUGGAUUUUUAUUAAGAUUUUUACAAAGUGGUAGUGCUACAUUUGAACAUAUUGCAUUAUGGACUAUAUUACAAUUAUUAGAAUGUAAUAAUGAUGAUAUUCAAGCUUUAAUUAAAGAAAGUGAACCAAUACUUUCUGGUAUUAAAAAUUCAAGUGCAUCACAACAACCAAAUUCAACUAAUUCAGAUUCAAAUGAUGAUCAAUUUAAUGAUGCUAAAGUUGAAUUAAAUUAUUUAUAUCAACAAAUUCUUCAAAUCUUAGGUUAA